AUGAGAAGUGUCAAUAAUAGCAGUGUUGAAACCGUUAACGCAGCUGCUACCGCCAUCGUCUCCGCUGAGUCUCGCGUCCAGCAAUCUUCUUCUUCUGCUCAGAAAAGGAGGUGGGGAGGCUGCUGGGGUCUCUACUGGUGUUUUGGUUUUCACAGUUCUCACAAGAAUAGCAAGCGAAUUGGUCAUGCUGUCCUUGUUCCCGAACCAGAAGUGUCAGGAGCUGUAGCCCCUUAUAGUGAAAAUCAAACUCAGUCAACUCCUCCCAUUCUACUGCCCUUCAUUGCUCCUCCUUCUUCUCCUGCUUCUUUCCUCCAAUCUGAUCCCCCUUCUGCCACUCAAUCACCUGCUGGAUUGCUGUCUCUUACUAACCUCUCUGUGAAUGCCUACUCCCCACGUGGACCUGCAUCCAUUUUUGCCAUAGGCCCUUAUGCACAUGAAACACAGCUAGUCACACCACCUGUGUUUUCUGCGUUCACUACUGAGCCAUCCACCGCUCCUUUCACUCCCCCUCCUGAAUCUCUUCAACUUACUACACCUUCGUCUCCUGAAGUGCCAUUUGCUCAACUCUUGACAUCCUCUCUGGAACGUGCGCGAAGAAACAGUGGCCCCAAUCAAAAGUUUUCAUUAUCUCAAUAUGAAUUUCAGUCAUAUCAUGUGUACCCAGGAAGCCCAGGUGGUCAAAUUAUCUCACCAGGCUCAGCGAUCUCGAAUUCAGGCACCUCUUCUCCAUUCCCCGAUAGACUUCCUAUUCUCGAGUUCCGAAUGGGUGAGGCUCCCAAGCUCUUAGGGUUUGAGCAUUUUACUACUCGUAAAUGGGGUUCAAGAUUGGGUUCUGGAUCUUUGACGCCGGAUGGUGUGGGGCUAGGUUCAAGGCUGGGUUCUGGUACAGUGACUCCAGAUGGAAUGGGGUUAUCAACGCUUGGUUCUGGUACAGUGACUCCAGAUGGCAUGGGGCUGUCAAGGCUCUGUUCUGGAACCGCUACUCCAGAUGGCAUGGGGCUAUCAAGGCUCUGUUCUGGAACUGCUACUCCAGAUGGAACUGGCCUGCGAUCAAGGCUUGGCUCGGGGUCUUUGACCCCUGAUUGCUUUGUCCCUGCUUCUCAAGUUGGUUUCCUUUUGGAGAACCAGACUUCUGAGGUUGUAUCACUUGCCAACUCAGAAAAUGGAUCCAAAACCGAUGAAAAUGUAGUUCACCACAGAGUCUCGUUUGAGUUGAGUGGUGAAGAGGUUGCCCGUUGUUUUGAAAUCAAGUCAGCAGCGUCCAAUAGAACUUUUCCAGAAUACCCACAGGACACCAUGUCCGAAGACCCAACAAGAAGCGAUAGAUUAGCAAUGAAUGGGGAGAGUUGUUUACAAAACGAGGAAGCUUCCAGUGAAUCAACUGAGAAAAAUUUAGAAGAAACAGAGGAGGAGCACAGCUAUAGGAAGCAUCGAUCCAUCACUCUUGGGUCAAUCAAAGAAUUUAACUUUGAUAACUCAAAAGGAGAAGUCUCUGAUAAACCUCCUAUCAGCUCAGAGUGGUGGGCAAAUGAAACAAUUGCUGGGAAGGAAGCUAGGCCUACCAACAACUGGACUUUCUUUCCACUGCUACAGCCAGAGGUCAGCUGA